CUGGGCUCCAUCCGAGCUCUCGAAGACACUCCUGAGUCGUGCCUCUGCUGCCCACCAUCUCACGUGCUCUAUACAUCGCUCAGAAUCGGGCCAAAGGAUCUUCCUGGCCUCAACAAAACGAUCCAUCUCGCGCGAAGCCAAAAAGUCGGUUCCAUCAGGCCAAAGCUCGAAUCAAUCUGACUCUUGACUCUCGCGCUGCUCCCUCCCGCGAGGUCGACCAGACACAUUGAAAGCUACACCGGGAUCUGAUACGGCAACAUGGCAGGUGUUGGACAGACCUGGUCGUCGCAACCAUAUGUGGACCAUAUCAGUGCUCCGCCUCAAGGGCACGCGGCAGACGCAUUCGAGGAUGCCAGACAGAGGACGCAACAACCCAUCGUGACCGGUACAUCCAUCCUCGGCAUCAAGUGGUCAGGAGGAGUGAUGCUCGCAUCGGACACUUUAGCUUCUUACGGCUCCCUCGCUAGGUUCAUGGAUAUUCGUAGACUGGUAGAGGUCAAGGAGAGCAAGGCCGUCAUUGGCGCUAGCGGCGACAUGGCGGACUUCCAGUAUAUUCUGCACGAGAUUGAAAAGACUGGACUUCGUGAAUCGACAGCAGGAGACUCGCACAACCUGACUCCCUCGCAGCUCUACGCUUGGCUCACGAGGUUGAUGUAUGCUCGUCGAAGCAAGAUCGACCCGCUUUGGAACAGUCUGGUGGUGGGAGGACUGGAACCGAGCACUGGCGCUCCUUUCCUCGGAUACGUCGACCUUCUCGGUGUGACAUACACAGCCAGCACCAUUGCUACUGGAUUUGGUGCGCAUCUGGCACAACCUCUACUCAGGAAGGCUGUGGAAGGAAGAGAGUCUACCUUGGAUGAGGCUGAAGCCAGGAGCAUCUUGGAGAGCUGCAUGAAGGUCCUUUUCUAUCGUGAUGCCAGAUCUCUCAACCGCUUUCAAAUUGCCACAGUGACCAAGCAAGGUGUACACAUCGGAGAACCCAAGAGUGUAGAGACGGACUGGAGCUUUGCCGAAGGCCUUAGAGGCUACGGUCCCCAAACUCAGUGAUUGCGCGCUCUAAAGAAGCACUAUGCGCUCAUGAUAUGAUUUGACAUCGUACGCAAACAGUCCGAAGCGAAGACACUUGCCCAGCGAACCUGAUGAGUCGGCGUGAUUGCUCAGGCUCGGAUCAGAGCAAUAGCCAGCCUUAAGAGGGGUCAGCUCAUUCGAUUGAUUGCA